AGGUUGCCAUUCGUAAAAUAAACAAGACACGUAUAUUGUCUGAAUAAUAAAUUUACUGCUGGCGUUCUGCUGGGUAAAGUGCACUUUAACGUUUGUGAACUAUGUUAUUUUACUGAAAUGAAGAAAAAGACGUUAGUCAAAACUAUUGAUGACGUUGAUAGACGGCGCGUAUUUUUUAAACGCGACAAUGAUCGAGUAACAGGAGAUUAAAAAUAAUUUAAAGGUCUGUGGCCUUAUUUGUAUCAGCUGACCGGUUGUGGAUGACAGCUGGCACCCAGCUAUGUCUACUUCCUGUUUCCAACAAGAUAACUCAUUCGUUUCGCCGCUUGCGGACGUGGAUUUAAACAGAAAGAAGUUUAAGUAUUAAACGUCAAUAUUGCAACUAGUAAUUGGUGUUAAAAUUCCCCCGAGAAUUCACCCGAAACAAAUAUGACAAAGCUUAUGGAAUGGGUUUUUGUGGCCACAGUAUUUUUCAGUAUAUGGACAGCUGCAAUCACUGGUAGUGCCCAAUCGACACUCCUAAUUAAAUGGCGAACACCAAUAUUAUACCUUCCCCUAACAUUAAUUGUACUCUUUGGCUUAUAUGCUGUUAGUGUAGUUCUUUACCGAACUUUCACUUUCAACAAUUGUGAAGAAGCUGCUGUAGAACUCCAAAGGGAAAUCAAAGAAGCCAGAGCCGAUCUUCGUAGCAAAGGCCUUGCACUUAAAGAAGAUUAAAGCUCAAAUCUAAGUAUCGAUAUCUCAUCAGUUGCAUUUGAUGCCUCUCAUCAUCCAGCAAUAAAUUCAUUCGUUUUUUGCAUCUCGUGAGACAAUAAAAUCUGUAAUUUCAUAAUCAAAUGGUUCAGCCGUUAUUUUCUGAAAUAUGAAGUACACAAUUUUAGUCACGACAUGUUCUGAGUAUCAAUGUAAACAAUACCAAUAUUUGUAUCCAAUUUUCGAGUGCAUUACAACCAAACCGUUUAAACAAAUAGAUUUAAAUAAACACUCGAUGUCAAUGUAAAUCACUACAUUCACCUUUCUUUUAUGUAUAAGCUUUCAUAAUAUUUUAAUUCUAAAACACUGAUUGUGAGCUAAAA